CGAACCAUUCAUGAAUCAGCUUUUAUAAUUAUUUCGGUAUUUCUCCAAAUAUGGCGGCGAUGCACAACAAAGUGUGAGUUAAGAAACACACUAAAAAUGUCAGACGAAGAAUAUGGACCAGCUCUUCCUCCGGGUUUAUUGAAGCAAAAUUUGAAAGACCAGACGUUUAAAGCAUCAGAGAAUUCGAAAGAUACCAGUUCAGAUGACGAUAAUGACAAUUAUGUUGGACCUGCAUUACCACCAUCAUUGAAACAGAAAAAAAUAAAAUCAGAUCAAACAAAAUCAGAAAAUGACUAUGUUGGCCCAGCUCUGCCACCUGGUUUCAGGCAACAGAAAGAGGAUGUGACAAAUGAUUCUGUAGAGAAUGAUAUGAUUGGGCCAGUACUACCUCCUCAUUUGCGGCCAGCCUCUGGAUCUAGACCAGCAGAAAUGUCAAGGUCAUCAGUUAUAGGUCCUGCACUUCCACCUGGAUUUAUAAAACAUAAGGGUGAUGAUUCUGAAGGAUCUUCAGCAGAUGAGGAAACUAUUGGGCCAUUACCUGUAGAGAUGGACAAAGGGGAGACAACUGGCUAUGCAGCCUACCAGUUUGAGGAACGGGCAAGGAGGAUGAAAGACAGACUGGAAGGAAAGGACAACAAGGAGCAGAAGAUUGUAAGGGAAUCUUGGAUGACAGAGUUGCCAUCCACCAAGCUUGGUCAGAGUAUUGGACUAAGUGCACGGACUUUCAGAGCCAAUGCUGGACCCGACCUCACAGACAGAUCUUCAUGGACAGAUACUCCUGAGGAAAAGGAAAAGAAACUCAAAGAAACAGCCACUGGGACAGGAAAGGGCAGUAAAAGGGACAGAGAAGACUACCAUCCAUCCAAACGAGAUAAGAAGCUGAGAAAACAAAUUGAGGAAUACAAUCAGUCCAAGCGACCAGAGUCUCUGAUGGAAAUGCACGAGAAAAAGUUGAAGAAAGAAAAGGAAAAGGAAGAUGCAACUCCAAAAGAAAGGCGGCCUUUUGAUCGUGACAUUGAUUUACAGGCUAACAGAUUUGAUGACGCACAAAAGAAAUCAAUCAUUAAAAAAUCUCAAAAACUUAACUCUAGAUUUGGACAUGGAUCAACAGAAUUUUUAUAAUAAAAAUAUUAAAUUAUA